AUGGUUGCACGACAUGCUAAACCUGAUUUGUUUAUCACUUUCACGUGCAACCCGUCAUGGCCAGAAAUUGAGGGAAUCCUCCGUGGGCAUCAAAAAUGGAUUUGGUAUGUCGCCUACCAUACAGAAUUGAUUGACGAACUCACCACCAAACAACCUUUUGAAGUUCCCCUGAAUUAUAUUUACACAGUGGAAUUUCAAAAACGGGGUUUACCACACGCCCAUUUCCUUGUCAUUCUUCGACCGGAAGAUAGGCUGGACACCGUACAACAAAUUGACAAUGCGGUUUGUGCACAGCUGCUGGAUCGUGUCCACGAACCAAAAGCUUACGGAUAUGUAGUCUAG